AUCUUGGCAGGAAAAGCAUUUGUGCUGAUGUAUGUUUCGAGUGAAUCAUGCUUGCAUGAAAGUGGUGUUGAAAGUUCUUCGCGUUGAUCGUUAGUGUUGGUUGAAAAGGAUCAAUCCACCAUGAACAUCGAUCGGCGAAUGUCGACAAAUGGGGAGUCGCUGUACCAGGUUUUAAGCGUACCCAAAGAUGCCACUGCAGAGGAUAUCAAGAAGGCUUACCGGAAGCUUGCAUUGAAAUUCCACCCCGACAAGAACCCUGAAACUGCAGACAAGUUCAAGGAAAUCAAUCAUGCUCACAAGGUGCUGAGCGAUCCCACGAAAAGAAACAUUUAUGACAAUUAUGGCUCUGUGGGCUUAUACGUCGGUGAGCAGCUGGGCGAAGAGAAUGUGAAUGCUUAUUUCCUUGUCAAUUCGGGAUGGUGCAAGGAGAGUGACGAAGAGGGUGGUGAUGGUGCCGCUGGUCUCGAUGGUGCAGAGUCGCCAAACCUGGUGACGGAUCAGCCGAAACCCAGCACUCCACCGGGCGUGGGAUCCGCGGGUUGGGAGUCGACGGGUAGCAAACCAGGCAGGCCGAUGCCGCCGAACCAGAGCAUUCCAAUGCCGGCUCCGCAGAGCCACGAGCGAACGUCGCUGAACCAAGAUGAUUCCAUUACCGUUGCCUCGGAUAGCGGUGAACUUGAACUGGUGAUCGGUUCCGUUUGCCACGUGGAACUCCCUGAAGAUGUCGUUACAACACUACUGGCUCUGACUUCGGAGCGACGAAAUGAAACCGAUCGUGUUGCAUUGCGGAACGAAGAACAUUGAGCAGAAGACCCGGGUUGUACCGCUAGAACGUGAGAUAUCUUCUGACACCGUAUUCAAUGAUGUAUCCUCAGUCGUCUCGGAAGUGAUUUUUCAACACCCAAAGAGAAUCUUAUUGGCCGAGUCAAAUCACUGCGUAUAAAUUGAUCGUUUAUUCGUAUAUCAUUGAUCGUACUCAUGUAAUCGAAUCAUUCGGUCGUAAUUUUCGAGCCGUAAAUCACAAGUUGUUGGUACCAUAUUCGAAAUGGUUAAAUCAGAUUU